AACCCUGCUGUUUGAGAAACCCUGGAGCCACAGGAAGCCGGAGCACAGGCCUGCCCAUCUUUGCUGAGACAUGCAAGGCCAGGAAACACUUCAAAGCAGGGUGCUUGCUCAGAGGCAGCGGGGGUGGUGGAAGGGCCCUGGGUCUGCGCCCUGAGAGAGGAAGGGCCAGAUUUUCAAAUUUGCAGCUGCAUGGAGCUGCCUAGACGGUGGGGUGCUGAGCUCUGGGAAGCCUGGCCUGGGACUGUUCCCGGUGGGAAGGAGCACUCUGAAAAGCCUUUCUCUAGACCUUUUCCAGUUCCACUCUGUCCUUUUUGGAAUGAAGUUACCAGAACUGGACUCCGUAAUCAAGAGAUUCACGGUCUGCUGCUCUAUGGCUUUGUGAACCCCUAGGAGAAGAUGGCCCAGCCCAUACACUUGAACCAGAAUCUGCCAGAUUUAGGUGGCCCUUUCUUGUACAGAGAUCAGGACGAUGGGGAGAAGAGCUCCUACUCUGUGGAAACCCCCUAUGGCUUCCUGCUAGACCUCGAUUUUCUGAAAUAUGUUGAUGACAUUGAGAGUGGCCAAACUCUUAAGAAGGUUCCAUUGCACCGGAAAGCGAAAGGGCCCAAACAAUCCAGUUCCCUGCGAAGCCCCUCCAGCCACGCCAGCGUUUGGACCUCCACUGAGUCUCUGGCGUCCACGGCCAGCGAAGAUGGAAAGAACGUGCUCCUCUUAUCUCCGUGUCUCAGAAUGCAGGCUGGGGCCUCAGAAACAAGAGAGCCCCUGAGCAAACAGGCUUCCAACCCCAUGUCUCCAACUCCAGUUAUAAAUCUCCUUCCACCCCCUGCCCCCAAAGCCUUCAUGCGAAAUCCCCGGGUGGAGAAAACCUUGCAAGAGACAAGUAGGAGGCUAGAGCUAGAGCAGCUCUGUUUGCUGACUAGUGAAGAUGCCCAAAUGCCUGGGCCACCCAGCAGUCCAUCUAAACCAGGCAUCUCUGGUACCACUUGCUUUGCUGUGCCUUUGAAUGGAAAUGGAGAGAGCCAAGCCAUGUCCGGUCUGUCUCACACCGGCUCUAAGAGGAUGAGCCCUUUGAAUUCCGGAAGGAGCACCCCAGCCACCAACAUCAGCCCAGCGCAUUUGCAGCACGUGCGGGAGCAGAUGGCUGCUGCCCUGAGGCAACUCAAAGAGCUGGAGGAACAAGUCAAGACGAUCCCAGUGCUGGAAAUGAAAAUCUGCCAACUGAAGCGGGAGAAGGAAAAGCUGAUGGCAGGUUUGCAGGAGCAGCCUCUUCCCGAAUCGAGUGAUGCUUCUGUCUUCGGCUUUCCGUCCCAAACUCUUGGUGCCAGGGUCACCAGGGCAAGCCAGGAGGCUUCCAUGGCACUGGAAAAGGAGCUGGAGUCAGUGAAGGCUCGAGCAAGUAAAAUCACGGAGUUAAGGCGACUCACUGAGAAACUGUCUGCUUCAGAGAGGAACAUGCGAGCCAGCCGAUCAGUUGCCCGGGCCGUGGAGAGAGAAUGCAAGUCUGUAGGCGUGGGUGAGGAGAUGAACAUGAAUGAGGCCGUGUUCUACUACCGAUCUCAGAAGCCGUGCCAGGAGAUUGGUGUUGGCCAAGAGACUGAGACCACAGAUGCUGCAGUGUGGGUCAUGGAGUCCUUGUUGGGGCUUCCUACAGAAGCAGAGAAGGAAAUGGAGAUGUUGCAGCACACGAUUGGCCACCAAAAGGAGGUCAUUGCCAUGAUGGAAGGGCACUUGAAGGACGCGACUAAGGAGCUUGAGGAGUUACGAGUAGAGGUUUGUUCCAGAAGGCCAAGGAGUUUGAUCGAUAAGGAAAUAAUGGCUAAACCUCAGAUGGUCGACGCACAUGCAGAGGCAGCAGUACCAGUGCAAAGCCAGGGGGUGGGCAGCCACUGGGAAAUGGUUGAUAAGGGUGUGGAUUGCUUGCCACAGAUGUUAUGUUUGGGAGUCAGCUGUGAUUUGGAAGGCAAAGAAGUUGCUGUCAGCUCAGAUUCACCUGCCACAUAUGAAGAGAGAGGCUGCCAAGUGGAUCUAGAGGUAGAAAUUGUUACAUCAAUGGAAGAUACAGAUCUAGGUGCAUCUAGGAAGAAGUCUAAACAAAUCCCUCUCAGUGCCGGAGAACAUGGAAACCAGGUGGACACAGCUGAGUCUGCAGUCACUAGUGGCAGUAAGACAGUUGAGCCUCAGGGAGGGACUGGGACAGUGGAAGUGGCCCAUGGUUCAUGUUUAAUCCCCCAGGACUCCAGGCAAGGAGUGCGAGAAAUGCCUCCAGAGAAGGACAGCUGUGCUCCUCUGAUUCCUGGGGCUGGUGCCCUGAAGUCGAUCAUGAAGAAGCGAGAUGGGAUUCCGAGGCUGGAGGCUGAGGGCGGGAGGAAGAGCCUGCAGUUUGUGGGGGUGCUGAACGGGGAGUAUGAGAGCACGUCCAGUGAGGAGGACGGUGGAGACAGCUCCUCUGAGAAGAUUUCGCUCACCAGCUCUGAUAGUGAUAUGGAGGGCAAUGUAAACGCCUCAGAUGAGGAGAUUGGAGCAGGCACAGGCGAGGCUGCAAGCAGCUUGGAGAACAUUAAGCUGGGCACAGCUCACAGGGCAGAGAGCGCACCAGCCCCGGAAUCCACUGAAGUGAAGGAAAAGUUUGAGCUGAGCCCCAGGAUGAGAGACGCUUGCAUGAUUGUGAAGCACCAGCUCAGCCAUCCUACUGCUGUGAAGAGUAAAGAGGUGUUGUCCAGCAGUGGUGUGCUUCUCCAGGAGUGGUUCCGAGUGUCCAGCCAGAAGUCCUCCGACCCAGUGACAGUUGCCAGCCACCUCCUGGCCUUCGCUGAGGUCUCUCCUGGGCUGCUGGCCCACGUGGUCAACCUGGCAGAUGGGAACGGGAACACGGCUCUCCACUACAGUGUCUCACACUCCAACUUUCAGAUCGUGCGGCUGCUCCUGGACACCGGGGUGUGCAACGUGGACCAUCAGAAUAAAGCCGGAUACACGGCCCUCAUGCUGGCAGCGCUGGCCUCGGUGGAGCAUGAUGACGACAUGCAUGUUGUCAGAAGACUCUUCGGCAUGGGAAACGUCAAUGCCAAGGCGAGCCAGGCUGGCCAGACGGCUCUGAUGCUGGCGGUCAGCCACGGCAGGCAGGAGAUGGUCGAAGCUGUGCUGGCCUGUGGAGCUGAUGUGAACCUGCAGGACGAGGAGGGCUCCACAGCUCUGAUGUGCGCUUGUGAGCACGGGCGAGUGGAAACCGUACGGCUGCUCCUGGCUCAACCAGCUUGUGACAUCUCCAUCGUGGAUAACGACGGUAACAACGCUGUGGGUAUUGCACUGGAGGCAGGUCACAGCAACAUUGCAGUAUUGAUAUACGCUCACCUCAACUCUAAGGCACAGUCACCUGGAACUCCACCAACAGCCUCCAAGAGCUCUGGCAGCCUAAUGAAGAAGAAUUAGAGCCUCCUUCAGAUCCUAGGCUACUGGAUUUAGUCCUGAACUCAGAAACUACCCCCCCUAACCUCAUCACAUCCAAGAACUGGAGCCCAGUCCAGAAGCCGUAUCAUCCCC